GAAUAAAGAGAGAUUAUGCCUUGGUAUUUUCCAUGGUCUGACUCAAUUGUGUUAAAAGCUUAUAGAUAUCUUUUAAAUAGAUAUUUAGGCUAUUAUAUAUCAGAAAAGUUACUCUUGGAUCAAUUAGAUAUUAAUUUAAGCCUUGGUACUAGUUCAAUUAAAGAUGUUAAUUUAAACUCAGAAAAUAUUAAUAAUGUCCUUAUGGACAAUGCCAUACCUUUUGUUUUAAUUGAUGGAUACAUAAAAAGUAUCAAUUUUGCCAUCCCAUGGUCAACAAUUAUUUAUGAACCAUCUGAAAUAGAAAUAAAAGAUUUUGAUAUAUUUAUUAAACCUAAAUUUUUAAAUAGAGGAUUAUUAAACAUUUCAAAUUCUUUGACGAUGUCUGAUAGUCUUAGGUUAGUGCAGGAAUAUUUAGAAAGUGAUAUUAAUUCAAGCGAAUUAUUGCACCAAAGUAAUUUUGAAGGAUUAGAACUAUUUGCCAAAACAUUAGAGUCAAUUUUAACUCGUAUAAAAUUAAAAAUUACGAAUCUAAAUAUUUAUUUAUGUUAUUCAUCAUGCGAUAAUGAAAUUUUUAAUAAACAAUAUAAAAUAUCAAUAUCAAAUUUACAAUUUUAUGAUUCCCAUAUUUUGCAAGUACCACAAAAUAUAAAUACAAAAACAAAUGGUCUACAUGACAUUCAAGACACACCUAUUGACCAUUUUUAUAAAAAAAUUAUCAAAUUUUCACCUGUGGAAAUACUUGUGGAUAAUUUAGCUUGUAAUGAGAAAAGAAAAACAAAUUUUAAGGACUCAAACUCUACUAUGUAUCAAGAUACUAUAAAAAAUAAAAACUUUUUGCCUAUAUUAUAUUGUCUUUUUGAAAGUCAAUUAUCAUUGACAAGUAAAACAGAUGAAAAGAAUAUUAAAGACCCCAAUUUUGAAAUUGAUUGUCAAAUAAGUCCAUUUGUAAUGUUGGUAGCACCAUCUACUGUGGUUGAUAUAAUCAAAAUAUUAAGAAUGUUUAAUAAUCCUACAGAUCUUAUCAAUGUUCAAAAUGAAUCCUCUGAAAGAAGCAUGAUUCCUAAUAAAAUCAAUAAUAAUCACAGAAGUUUAAAUGAUCAAUUUUCUUCAAUUACUCUCUCCCCACAAAAAGGCAUAGACUCAUCUUUUAUGUCUCGAUACUCCAAUAAUCCGCCCCUCUCCUGCGAAGAGCAGUCUUCGACCGACCCAUCAAUUCUAACCAACAAAAGCAGAUCAAAAAGUGAAAUGGAGGACCAGGCAAACAAUUUAACCUCUUUCAACUUGCUAAUACCCGAAUUUAAGUGCAUAUUGCUCUAUGAAGAUUUUGGUUGUGCCAAAUCAGGCCAAGAGAUUAACGCGGUUUUGUCUUUGGAAAUUGAAACAUUUUUUGGCCGCUUGAGAGCUACUUAUCAUGGUGGCGAUAUGAAUAGUGGGGAUAAAUUAUAUAGGGAGGCGAUAAAUAUGGAUUUGUUAGCCUUGGGGCGAGAUCAUUUAUGCCUAGAAACCUCUGGAUUACACUUUCACUUUGAGCGUAAUCAAUUCGCCAAUGAUACGAUCUUAUCCCAAAUACUGGUUACUGCUCUAUCUUUAGAACUAAACGAAUCCCUUUACAAUCAAGGUUGGGACGCUCAAAAUUUUCGCAAAACUGAAGAUACAAAUGACACAAAUUCGCAUAAAAUUCGUACUUAUCCUGUGCUAAAAUUAUUAUCAACCGUGGAAGAGAUGAACCCUCAUUUAAAAAAUGAGGAAUGCCUCAGGUUCGAUUUUACUCAAUUUAUUAGUAAUUCCGCCAGAAAAGAUGCCAAGCAACGACUAGACGACAAUCAAGACAUAAUGAGACCUUUUAAGAUCGCUAGAUCCAACGGUGGAGUAAACAAAAAAAAUUUGGACAUAAAAAUCAAGGCCAUUAUAUACGAGUGCGAUAUAACUCUUUACGAACGAGUUCAGAUACUAUUGUACGUUCUGAAAACGUUCUCUAGCUCGUUGGCAGCUAAGAAACACCUUUACGAUGACUUUUUACAAUGUAACAGUUCUCAAACCUUCGGCCUUUUUAAUUCGACUUGUGGUAAAUCAAAUUCAAUGGAUAUCAAAAUGAACUUUUCAAACUUGAUCAUCAAAAUAAGAUUUCCUUAUUGUAACAAUCGGAAGGGUAAAAUUGCUCAGCAAAAUUAUGUGUCCAAUAAUAAUUUUAUAUGGUGGAAAAGGCAGCUUAAACCUCAAUCGCUCACGCUUCACGCUAAAAAUGUAGGCUUGGUCACUGUUUUAACUAUAGCUAGGCCUUACAGACCUAAUGCACAAAAUUUUGACUAUAAUAUUGUUCCUCAAAAGAUUGACAUAGACUUUUGUGGACUGGACGUUAAGUAUAAUCAAAAUGAAGAAAAUAAAAACGAGUCAACCUCCAUCCUAUUAUUAACGAUAGAUUCCCUGAAAUCCGACAAUAUGAUUUACAGACCAAAUAUACACUUCGAAAAGAAUAGCGCAUGCACCGACACCACUAAAUCCGAUCUUAUGUACUUCAGUGCCUUAUCUUCAUCGACACCAUUAUUUCAAAAUCAGUCUUCAUUUACCGCUUCCUUUGGGGUUAAUGCUGACAGAUAUCGCCUUAAAGAUCAUGUGAAUCCUUUUGAUGACGAAUAUUUUUACAAUUCGCUCCUUUUCAACAUGAACAUGGAUCCAUCUUUUGAUUCUUAUAACAAUGACGCUACUUGUAACAUAAACGACGAAGGGAAAAAUUAUAAGGAGGAAAAUAUCAAUACGCCUUCACCCUUUACCAAAAAACGAAUAAUUUAUGAAAAUAAACCGUUGAUUUUACCUGGAUCGCAGGAAGAAAUGAGGAAUUUUAUCCGACAUCAUGUAGCACAGUGCCUAUUUUCGAUUGAUAUUUACAUACCUACUUUAGAACUUCUCAUGCCUUCCAAGAAUUUAUACGAAUUGUUGUACAACAAAAUAUACAAUGACUUGCUAUUGUGGAUUCCGACUACUCCCUUUUACGAUCUCAACAAUCAAUACUUUAAUUGUAACAAUAGUCAACAUCAUCUUGAUAGUCAGCAGAACAAUAUCGAUGGAGUCACGGCGAAUCAAACCUACGAUAAUAAAGAGGGAAGUCCUGAUUUGAUGAGCAAUUAUACCACUUUUUCGGAUAUUAUCUUUGAGAAUUUCGGUCUUAAUUCUCAUCCUGCCAAUUUGACUAUUGAUAAUUCUAUCGAAGAAAUCAAUUUGGCCAAACGUAGCCACAUACGCGAAAAUUCUAUAUCUAACGACAGUUAUAGCGGGAAAACGAAUUUCAAUCUUUUGCCCCCUAUUCUUCGGUCUCAUUUUUGUUUGCUAACCCAAAUCGAUAAGGCUCAUAUAUUGCUCAAUUCCUUGGAUCAUGGAGAACCCGUGACCAAAAAAGUGGAAGAAAAUCUAGAUGAUGAUGGUGACUUACAUUACAAGUUUUAUUUCGAUAUUGAGGAUUGUUUCAUCUUCACCACGCAUUCUCGGAUCGAUAAACAACAUUGUAAUCCGCAAGACAUACUCGCCAGGAUCAAAGAUUUAAAAGUCAAUUUUUCAAAUCUAUGCCAGGAAAGUUAUGUCAAAAGCGAUUUAUCCUCUAAACAACCUUUUGAUAACCCAUUGUUUAUUUAUCGAAAUCCCAUACCAUCUUUUCAAUUAUUCGCUCCAAAGAAAGUAGGAAAAGCCAUUUCGCAUAAUGAUUCUCAAACUACUCCACUCCUUUGCCACCAUACAUCACAAUCGACUAACCUUUUAGAUGAUAUAAACGAUAUUAAUGACUAUAAGUUUGAUACACCUUCGGACGGUCAUUCGACGAAUGUAUACCAUUGCGUCGAAUUGAAUUUGGAUGGCGAUAUUAUCGAAGAGCCAGAAAUGAUGAAUCAAACAAAACAUCCCGAUCUUUUUAAGCUCAUGCGACAUAGAGCCGUUGUCGACUUGUCCAAUAAUAAGAACUCUCGUUUUGGUGACGAUUGUAAGGGAAUGAAAAUUGAAUCUGACUCAGAUAAAAUGCGCGAGGAGGAUAUGUUGGCCCUAGCUUCCAAAUCUAGAUUCAAUCGGGCCCCUGGGAUCAAGGAAACCAUAUUAACAGUUGCCGUUCACAACUCUAUCAUGAAUCACGAAAUGUCUCACAAGGGAAGGCAUUGGUAUAAUUGUAUUCACGAUUUUUUUAGCCUAAAUAAUUACGCGGAUUACAAAAUCGCUCCGCUGCAUAGGCUCAAUCAAUUACAUUUGCAAUUCUUUGAUUGCGGCAUUGUUUACAGACCGAUACACAUACCCUACAAAGUUUAUAUAGAAUUAGGAUCGCUCAUUUUUUCGAAUAGCGCCCUCGUUAUUCUCAAAGCAUCUGAACUCAAGUUAAUAAUAGAAGAUUCUUCGUUAUACAUAUCCAACAAAAUCGACCAUGAAUUAAUUGACUUGAUAAAUGAUUACAUAAAAGUUGCUAUGGUUGGCCUCUUCGAGAUUACUAUCAAGAAAAAUAACUUUUGCGCUUCCGGCAAUACGCCCAAUGAUGAGGAUUCCAAAACCCAGCCUAAGAUCUCUAAAAGCAUACUAAAAAAACAACCUUCUCAAAAAUCAUCUUUGAAAACCGAUAGCCCGUUCAACAAAAUCAAUAAAUCCCACAAGGAUUAUAAAAACAAUAAAAAUGAAUAUAGCAAUUCAUCUUCGCAUAUCCAACCACCCAAUUUCGAAAUGAGGGCCAUCAAUGAUAAGCUCAUAAUAUCGACCUGUUAUGAUAGUUGCAUAGCCUUGCAAAAGAUUUUGACUUACUACUCCUCUGACGGGGACCUUAUAACAAACAUUAGCUUAAGUUCCACCAGUGUGAACCCCGUUAUUCCUGAGAACCUCUUUGAAUUUAACCAUAUUGAAUGCAACGAAACUUCGACAGCUUUUAUGACACCCAUGGACAGCAAAAACAAUAUUAAUAACGAAUGCAAAAGUAUCAAAUUUCGAAACCGGCUAAAAGAUUGUCAUGGAAACCGUAACCCCAAUGCUGAAACCAAGCAUUCCUUACGUUCUCAAAUUACGGAUCUUAUGGCUGAUGCGAUGAUGGAAGAUGACAUGCAUUCCCCACUUAAACAUAAUAAUUUAACAGAAUCGCUAUGCAAAUACCCCACUAAGAUAAUCGACUCCUCUAAUUCCCACCAAGUUAAUGAUAUGGCUUCUAAUACCAAUAAUCAACCCGUUUUAAAUCACUCUUCUUACAUCGUAACUUCUGAAUACAGCUCUAAAGAACAAAGUUCCCAGCGGCCAAGAACCAAAGAUACUAUUCGACAAAAAAUUUCUCAUAAUAACAAUUUGUAUCUACUCAGCGAUAGUGUUAAAAGUGACCGAGAUCCAUGCGAUACUGGUGGAUGCAAUAACUUCCGGACUAAAUACAAUCACAAAGAGUGCAAAGUUACCCUCAAUCAUCCUUGCCAAAGACCUUGCGAUACCAACAACCGGGGCAGGAUUGGACGAAAAUUUUUUAAUUUAAAUAUCGAAGAUAAUUUUGUCAUGAUCGAUAAUGAGGAAAGUUUUAUGACCGAGCAAUUUAUAUCCAAGCCCGAGAUGAAAAUUAUAUCUCAUCUUAACUGCCAAGAAAUCUCUCCGAAUAAGCUUCUAGUCGAAAAUUAUUUUGUUAAACCGACUUUCUCGAAAUUUGAUCAUUUGAAAACACCCAGCAGCUUUCCCACACCCAUAGAUAGGUAUCUUUUCGGGGAUAUUUCCGUGAAAUGGGAAUUGUUUGGCGGAAGGGAUUUUGAUAUGGAAACAAAUCUUUCGUCAGACGAUAUUUCUACUAAAGUUGAUAUAAACAUCCCUCAAAACUUUGUCAACUACAAAUCUUCCCUGUCAUCUCCACGUCAUUUUAGAACAUCUUCAACCUUAUCUUCUUCGCCAAAGAUGGUUUCCAAAAAAUGUAGGAACAAAAAUGUGCUGAUGGAGAUUCACUUAAAUAAGAUACGAUUUCAAUACGAAAAAUUUCCUCCUCACGCCACGCAAGUUAGUCGGCAAGUUUUAUCUAUUCAAGAAUUUCAAAUUUUGGACAAAUUAACAUCGUCUCAUUACAACAAAUUUUUGUAUCUCUACGUGUCCGAUAUCUAUCCCAAAAAAUCAAACGCCCCAAUGUUAUUAAUCAAAGCCCUCCAUACGAAACCAGAAAUUAAUUUGCCCACGCAACAAGAAUGCAUUUUAAAAGUGUCCCUUCAACCCAUUCGUUUAAAUAUGGAUCAAGAAGCCUUGAUAUUUUUAAAGGACUUUUUCCAGCUGGUGACCGCUCCUUUAUAUCCUCAAGAUACCGAAGAAUUCCCAAUAAAUUCAAGUAAUUCCUGCUCAACACCCCCCAUAAUGAAAGUUAAUUCCGUCGAAAAUUUAGAAGGGCUCUUUAGCAACAUUAACGAAGUUUCCAACUUAAACGAAUUAAAUAAUCGUUUAGAAGGCCUGGAAGGGGAAUUAUCUAGUAAGGCGACCUCUCCCAUAUUUUUCAGACCGUUUAUAUUUUCACCUGAUGUCCCUAUCAAAAUUGAUUACAGAGGGAAAUUUAUUGACUUAGGACAAGGCACAUUCAUAGGAUUAUUGAUGGCAUUAGCUCAAUUAAAUUGUUCUGAAAUUAAGUUGAAAAAAUUAUACAACUCUUCUGGAAUUUUGAGCAUUGAAAAGUUAUUAAACUAUAUCAUUAAAGAAUGGCUGACUGAUAUUAAAAAUAACCAAUUAAAAGGGAUUUUAAGCGGUAUAGGUCCAAUGCAUUCCUUUGUCCAAUUAGCUCAAGGAGUCAAAGAUUUGGUGUACCUUCCUAUCCAGCAAUACAGGAAAGAUAGGAGGAUAAUCAAAGGAUUAAAAAGAGGAGCUUCAUCUUUCACGUCUCUCUCCGCCAUCUCCACUAUAGAAUUAUCAUACAAAUUUGUAGAGUUUUUGAAAACCGCUGCCGAAACAACCUACAUUAUGUUAUCACCCGAAAACGAAAGAAAUUCCUUGGUCAGCUAUUCUAAUUACUCCUCUAGGUUCGAAGGAUCGAAUGAAAUUUAUUUUAGACCCUCCAAAAAUUUAAUGCUCGAUAUCAGACCCCUGGAUAUACGGGACGGCGUGUCUUCGGCUUAUCAUCUGGUUAAAGAGGGUUUUAGUCAGACCGCCCUAGAUAUGAUAAAACGAGCCGCCCUUCAACACGAGAUAGACGGAUUGACUGGUGUGGCCGGUAGUUUAAUAAGGGACAUACCCAGGGGUAUAAUGAGACCUGCCCUAGCAACCGCUAAAGCAACUUCCACAUUACUAGACGGCGUUAAGCAUUCUUUCGUGCCCCAGGCUAGAAAGGAUAGCUUAGACAAAUGGAAAAAAUACCCACAUUUCAUAUCUCUAUGAACCAAUGAAUAAAAUAUACCAUAACAUUUUAUAAAUAGAUUCAUUCUUUGGGUCUUAUUGAAAAUUUUUUACUCUUUGGUGUUUUAUUAAUAAUAAUUUUGCGCAAAUUUAUGUUUGAUGAAUAAGAAUUUUAAUAAUUUAAUAUUGUGAUUUUUAAAUAACUAUUUAAACGAAAUUUUAUUAUAGAAAAAAUCUUUUCUUUACUUUUUUUCAAACAAAUAUAUAUAUAAAAAAAUGGCCAAAAUUUUUUCUACCCAAAAUUUUUAUGAAAUUCCAAAUUUUUUGCAUUCACUGCUUUUGAGUAUUUUCAUAAUGUAAUAAGCCCCUUUGUCAUCUAUUUUUUUAAAUUGUGAUGUAUUAAAUUACUUUGAAAAUUAUUAUACUUAUGCAUAUUCAUUUUUGGAUUUUUAAAUUAUUAUACAUAUUUAUUUUUUUGAAGUAUUAAUAUAGAAUUUUAUACAACCCCUCUCAAUUAUUCCAGUGUAAUAUAUUAUUCAAACCUCUUAUAUUAUUUAUAACGAUCUAUCCAAAGGAUCAAACAAUUAUUUCUUUUAAUUUAAUAUUUUUUUUUGCCUUAUGAAUUUACAUUUUUGUAAACAUUGUUUGUCAUUAUAAUUGCACAUUUUUUUUCUUCUUUUCGCUAAAACAAUAAAGUGGCGUCGCGGGGGAGAGAGCAAGAGCUUGCUCCACUCAUCUAAAAUGAAUGCAUUUUUUUUGAGCACACUUAUAAAUAAAUUUAGCAUCCUCUGUGUUUGUAAACUAUCGACGUCAAUUGAAACAAUUUAUUAAAUAGUUAUAAAUAUCCUAUGAUUUAUUUAUUUUCAUUUUUUUUAAAUACAAUAUGCAAAAAAUUUUUAUCUAAAUACACAUUAAUAUUUUAUUUUAUCUAAAGAAAUAUGCUAUUCAGUUUUACAAUAUUUAUC